AUGGCUGAUGUCUGGCAUGAGGGUCGUCCUGGCCCCAUUGAGGAGUCAAUUCAGGAGUACAUGCGAUGGUGGUCGCAGAAGUUUGACGUGCCGCUUAAAGUUGUCAGAAGAAAUGCUAAGGUUCGCAGCCGUGGCCUCGCGCAAGCGACACGCAAGCAGGGCAACAAUAACAACGCCAACCAGCCGCCGAACCGGGCAAACACCUCCUCACCAACCGCCUAUGGAGCAUCCGGCCUCGGCGCUCCCGCCAUGCCAGCAGCACCGCCGUCUCCAUCGCUCUCCACGACCAUGACUUCGAACGACCAGGCUCAUCAGAACAAUCAGCAGCAGAAGAAGAUCCCACUCUUUUUCCGCGAGGACUACGCCGGUUUUAUCGUCAAGGGCAACUUCAUGACGUUGGCAGCAAGGCCGGUUCUGGUUGAAGAGGGCGAGUGGCUGUCGCAUCAGAUCGUCGAGCAAAACCGCAUCCUGAGUGGCAUGCUGAAGUGCAUGCAAGAGAAGGAUCGCACCACCGGUCGUCCAACAUGCAACGAGCAGGCCUGCCCCACGAUGUCUGCCGGAUCGACCACGUAUACCUGGAUCGACACCAAGGGCCAGCCGAUCAACCUCCCAGCGCCAACCUAUAUCAAGCACAUCCAGACCUGGGUCGCGGGCAAGAUUCAAGAUCAGUCCCUCUUUCCGACCGACAACUUCACCACUGCGCCGCCACUUCCACGUCUCAAUGACACCACGAACGCCAACGAUCCGAACCACUGGCUCGGCAAGACGUCAGGCUUCCCGCAGCGCUUCGAAGUUGAGAUCAAGAACAUGUACAAGCAGAUGUUCCGCUGCUACGCUCACCUCUACUGGCAGCACUGGCUGACCUUCUGGGACUUGAACGCUCACCGCGAGCUCAACACUUGCUUCGUCCACUUCAUCAACGUCGGGCGCAUCUUCAACCUGCUUAACGAGAAGGAUAUGGAGCCGAUGGCGGGGUUGGUGGAUCUGUGGGUCAACUCUGGUGUGCUGCCGAAGCGUGUCAACCCAACCGACGUCGUGCAGCCGGCCAGUGCUGGUGGUAGCGCUCCUUCGUCCGCUGGUGGCGCUGGUCCCGCUACUCCCGGCUCCGCUGGCGCGUCUGCGGGCAACGUCGGGUUCGAGAAGUCUACUGGUUGA